AUGACAAAUGUUAGGUUGGUGGUAGGGAUGAAGUUUCCAAACUCCAAGGUGUUUAGAAAGGCUUUGAGGGAGUAUGUGAUUCAGCAUCACAUUGAUAUCAAGUGGAAGUUGAAUGAGAAGAAGAAGAUUUCUAUACAUUGUAAGAACAAUUAUGGAUGGAGGUUUUAUGCCUCAAUAGUGACUGGAAAGUGCACAUUUAAGAUCAAGACACUUAAUCCUGAGUGUACCUGCCCCCUAACAUUUCAAAAUGGGCAAGUUACAUCAGCCUAUGUGACAAACAAGUAUUUGGAGGAUUUUGAUAAGAAUCCUAAUUGGGAGGUCUCAGGCGUUAAGCACCUUGUGAUGCAGCAGAUUUCAGUUGAUUUAAGUAUUAGCCAGGUGUAUAGAUCAAGGAAGGCAGCUAGGGGUUUGAUUACUACGAAUGAAGAGGCUCAGUAUGGCCUACUUAGAGAUUAUGCAAAAAUGAUAAAGAGGACAGAUGUAGGAAGCAAAGUGAUUUUGCAAACAGAGAUGGAAAAUGAGAAUGUAGAACCCAAAUUUAAAAGGAUGUACAUUAGGCACAAUGCUCAAAAAGUUGGCUUUCUAGGUGGUUGUAGACUUUUUGUUGGGUUGGAUGGAUGCCACUUGAAGGGUAUGUUUGGUGGGCAAUUAUUGUCUGCCAUUGCCAAGGAUGGAAAUGACAAUAUAUUCCCAGUGGCAAUGGCUAUAAUUGAGCAAGAGAAUAAGGAUAGUUGGAUUUGGUUCUUGGAGCAGCUUGCAAAUGACAUUGGCAGGCCAGAGGAGCUCAAUCUGGCAUUCAUUAGUGACAGGCAUAUGGGCCUUUAA